GGAGGAGGAGCAUCAGGACCAGUAGAUGGGAAGGAAAUGCAGCUCCCUUCUGCAGAGGUGGUGGAGCCCUGACUUGCGGAAAAGGGGUGCGGGCCACUGGGUGAUGCAGUAUUAGCUCCCUCAGGUUGUACCACUACAUUAGAACCACGGUUUUUCCAGGCCACUUUAUGGUGACGCUGCAUGUGUUGACACAGGGCCGUGGUGAACAUUGGCACCCUGCUUGACCUUCUCCCCACAGAUUCUGCAAAUGGCCAUGCUGAUGUCUUGUGGCGGCUUUAUGAAAAAUUGCUACACUGCCGAGUAUGGCAUCUUCCCCCCCACCACUCUGUGCUGACUGCCUGUUACCUCCGUGAACCCCUGCACCGCUACCUCUUUCCGGACAGGGGUCUUCAUGGUCUGCCACAGAAACCAGGCAAAACUAUCAAUUGUUUUCCCAAAGGCCAAACAAUGGACAAAAAGAAGGGUGAGAUGACUGAGAGGAUUCUACACCUUACCCUGGAGAUCAUCUACCUUCUGACUGGAGAGUCCCCCAUAACUGUGCCUGUGCAUAAAUCAAUGAUAAACAUGAGAAACAAUGAUAAGAAGAUCCUAGAACUCACCAACAAGAUCAUUGAGCUGCUGACUGGAGAGGUUCCUAUAAGGUAUCAGGAUGUCACUGUCUAUUUCACCAUGGAGGAGUGGGAGUAUUUAGAAGGACACAAGGAUCUGUACAAGAACAUCAUGAUGGAGAACCACCAGAGCCUCAGGUCACCGGACCUACCUAAAAGGGCCAUGACACCGUGUGCAUUGACUGAUAUUAAGGAGGAACCAUUCUCAUGUGAUGAAAGAAACCUCAAAGAUCCCAACAUCUAUACAGAUACAGAUCAUACACAACAAUGUCCUCUUCAUAUAGAGGAAAAAACUGUCCCAUGCAAUGGAUUAAACCUCACAGAUCAAAAUGAUUAUACGUCCAUAGAGAAUACCAAAAAAAUAUCAUUUCCAUGUGUAAAGGAAAAAAUUGAAUUAUGUGAUGAAGAAAACCUCAUGAAACCCACAGAUCAUAAACAACAUGAGCUAUUUCCUUAUAUUAAGGAAGAGCCAGCCACAUAUGAUGGAACAAAGCUUUCACACCCCCAAAUUUAUACACCCACAGAUCAUAUACAGCAAUAUACAGCUCGUAUUAAGAAGGAACCUGAGUCAUGUGAUGACAGAAGCGUCACAGACUCCAAAAUAUAUGCACCCCAUCAUAGACAUCUGUCUCCUCUUAUUAAGGAAGAACCAUUCUCAUGUGCUGUAAGAAACCUCACAGACUCCAACAUUGAUAAUGAAUCAACAUUAGCCAGUGAACAGUUCAGUGAAGACUUUUACAUGCCUUUAGUAAAUUCUUUCAACAAUGAUCUUUUUGGGAAUGAAGACCACUGGAACAUCAGUAACCAACCAGCAGAUCUCAAUUUGUCAUUGCUGAAAUACGGUAACUGUUUAAAUGACUCGAGCAUAACGAAAAACAAAUCGUAUAUAUGUUUGGAAUGUGGAAAAUGUUUUUCCAAUAGCCCCCAUCUCAUCCGGCAUCAGAGGACACACACAGGAGAAAGGCCAUUUGAAUGUUUAGAGUGCGGUAAAUUCUUCUCCAGCAGUUCAAACCUCAUCAUGCAUCAAAGGACACACACAGGCGAAAAACCAUUUGCUUGUAAGGAAUGUGGGAAACGUUUCGCUCGUAACCCUCAUCUUAUCCGACACCAGAGAAUUCAUACAGGGGAAAAACCUUUUGAGUGUUCAGAAUGUGGAAAGAAAUUCAAUCAGGAUUCCAAUCUUCUGAAACACCUGAGGACUCAUACUGGAGAGAAACCUUUUGUCUGUCUGGACUGCGGCAAGUAUUUUACCAGUAAACCUCAUCUUCUCAGACACAGACGUAUUCACACAGGAGAGAAACCAUUUUCAUGUCAAGAAUGUGGGAAAUCUUUCUCCAGUAGCUCCAAUCUGGCGACCCAUCAGAGAACACACUCAGGAGAGAAACCUGACUACGGCAAAUGUUUAGGAAAAAGUUCCAACCUCAUGACCAGUGAGAGAACUCAACAAACAUCAUCCUACCCAGAAUGUGAAACCUCUUAUUAUAGUGAUCUUAUUUCCUAUUCAGUAGAUCAGCACACUGAUGAGGAAAACGUCUUGUUAAAUUUUCAAGAAUUUUCUGAAGAGACAAACAGUUUCCUGGAUUACGAGAUAGGCAGUGGUUGGGUUUAGAAGAAAAUUAUGUCAGAUGUAUUAAUUAGUCUGAUCAUCAGUUGACAUUUUAGUUAUUGGUAUAUUACUUUUUUUUGUCGCUACUCACUUUAUAACAAAUUGCUUAUAUUUCAUAUAAUAGCUCAAGUGCACAUUCUGGUCAUGUACUAAUGUAUAUUAUGAACAUUUAUGAGGGUUCCCAACCACCUCCAAAGAUUAGUGAGGACCCCCAACUAAUUACAAAGAUCAUCAAGGCCCCCAAACUGUUUAUAGCCAUAGAGAGUUUAGAUCUCGGUUUGGCACGGUUUUGUUUUCUACAUAUGAAUAGUAUGAAUCAGUAUGCAUUUGUCAUGUCAGCACUAGGCCUAAUAUACAAAGUCACAUCUUUUAUUUUCUGACCGGCUUUUCUAGUAAAUCAAUAUGAAUUAUGACUUGGGGAACAAAAUGUCUGCAUUAGGACUCAUGCACACAACCGUAUUUAUUUUGCGGACUGCAAAACGCGGAUCCACCAAAUAAGGAUUAUGUCCGUGUUGCAUCUGUUUUUUGCGGACCCGUUGACUUCAGUGGGU